CAACCCAAGUAAUAAACAUAGAAUCAUAGAUGAGAGACAACAAAGUUCAUGUAGAAGAAAGAUGAGCUAGUUCCUCCAUAGAUGAUGAAGCUGCUGCUAGCGUUUGCUGGGGAGUGAGGAUGUUGUCUUCAAAAUCUUCAAUGGGUUGGGGCUUAGGGCAGCUCAACAGAGGAUUUGGGGUGGGAUGAUCUCCAAUUAGAAGAAACCCUAACUCAGUGCAUUGGCAGUGACAGAUUCAAAGAAGGGGAAACGAUUCUUCGAUUAGCAUUUUUAUGAUGUUAUACUUGCUGUUAGGAGAAAGUAAUGGACCGAAUAUCUGUUCUGCCAAAAACUAUACUUCAUGACAUCCUCGGAAGGUUGCCAGACAAAGAUGCUGCUAAGACUAGUGUUUUGUCAAAGUCGUGGAGUGAAACAUGGUUUUCAUUUCCCGUCGUGGCUGCUUGGAGCAAGGAUUUUUUUAAUUUGCCUGAAUUACCAUUAUCUCCAGAAGAUCCUCUUUGGCUUAGCAAAUUAGAUAUAUUCAUUGAGUAUGUGAGUAAAAGAUUGAGGAGGCUCCAUGACCAAGGCUUAGCGGUCAAAGAACUUAAGCUCUGUAUGGAAGAUACAUGUGCUAGUAUGCUUGUGUCCCAGUCCCACCAUAUUGAUAAAUGGAUACAGAUGGCAAGUGAAAGUGGUGUCGAAGUACUACAGCUUUACCUUACUCGUAGCAAUGACAAAUUAUAUAACCUUCCACUUUGUCUUGCUGAAGCCAAGUCACUCACUAAGUUGGUGUUGAAUGGGGGAAUCAGACUUGACCCAGCAUUCUUAAACCAUUCACUCAAGUUUUUCUCAGUGAGAACAUUGUUUUUUUGUGGUAUACUUGUUGGAGAUGAAAGGGUUAUGGAGCAUUUCAUUUCACAUUGUCCUCUGGUUGAAAAUUUAACUCUUAUUUUUUGUCUUCUAUAUAAACCUUCAAGUGUAGGAGAUCCACCCGGUUCUAGGGCCGACUAUGUGAAAUCGUUAAGCUUGCAUGGUCUACAAAAGCUGAAGCAAGUUGAAGUUCAAGGAAUAGGAGAGGUAUAUAUUGAUGCUCAGAAUAUUGAGAAGUUAUUCUACAAUGGUGCUAUUGUGGAUACAUCUUUCAAGCUGAAUUUAGGUAGUUACAAAAAUUUGAGAUGGUUGAGCUUAUGGUUUGUGAAGAGAGCAGACAUGUGGUUACUUGAACAAUUGCCCAAGAUCCCUUUCCUUGAGAGUUUGAUAUUGAACCAUUGUUCUUUGUGUGAGAGGACUAAUAUUUCAGGUCCUCAACUCAAGUUCUUGAAGUUAACAAAUUGCUCUAACUUGAAAGAGAUCAAUAUUGAUGCUCCAAAUUUAUUAUCAUGCGAGUAUAGUGGAAAGGACGAACCUGUUAUAUCUUUUCGCGAAAUUUCUAAUCAACUGGAAGUCAAUGCUCAUAUACUCAUGACUCGUCAGCAUGUUGAUAGAUUGAGGCAAUUUAUCCAAAACAUUGAACCCCAAGAGGUUUUGACGUCUCUGUCCCUUUUUAUCUUCCAUCCAUAUUCAAUUAUAGAAAGCCUAGGUACAUUGCCAGGUUCAUCAUCUCCACCAAGUAUUAAACACAUGCAAUUAUGUUCUGUUUCGCAUAGGCAAACUCAGUAUUUUCCCGUUUUGAGUUGGUUGCUUUCAAGUUGCUUCCCGGAAACUAUUUCAUUCAGCUUGGAUUGCAAUUUUAAUACGAGGGCAUUCAUGGUGUAUUUCUAUGAGAUGCUGAUGUGCAGCAAGAAGGGCGAGUGCCAUUGCUAUUCAAGGGGUCCUGAGUGUUGGUGGCAUGGCUUGAAAGUUGUCAAGAUCACACAUUUAGAAUGGACUUACGCAAAUAUUGAAGAUCUCAAGGCCAUGUUAAAUGCAUUGCCCCUAUCUGAUAAUUCCGAGGAAGAAUUUAUCACUUUUACCUUAGAGUUGUAAUCUUGCUAUUAUUAGAUGAUAGACAUUCCUCGUUUGAAUUAAAACUUAGGUGUUGCUGCUUUGUAUGAUGUGCCUAUGCUUUUAUUUUAGUGCUUAUGUGUAUACGAAGCUGAAUGUCUUUGCUCAAGUUAAGUGAUGUGAUCUAUGAGUGGCUAAGUGUGGAUGUUUUUUCUUAGAAUUUUUUAAAGUCUGCAAUUAUUAUU